AUGGUGAAUGAAAUUAAGAAAACUGAGGAAAAUGUCAUCAGUACAUUAAGUGUCAUUAAGCAAACAGUUUCAGAUUUUACGGACAUGUUUGCAGAUAUGAAGGGAAACAUAACGGACGAAAUGUCACAGAAAAGUGACGAGAUAAAAAGAAGAGAAGAAUCCUUCAAGAAUUUAUUUGAGCAGACAAGAACAAACCUCACGAGUGACAUGGAAGCUAAAAGAGAAGAACUUACUCAACUUCAAGGAAAACUUGAACGACCUUCGAUCGCUUUCCAUGCACAUCACGUGGCAAAUUUGGUUCUUGAUACUACAGAUGAGAUUGUUAUAUUUACGAAAAUUUUGAUUAACGAGGGAACGGGUUACGACACUUCUACUGGGAUUUUUACAGCACCUGUUGGAGGCCUGUACCAGUUUUCUGUGCAUACAUGUGUUUAUGUUGGAAAAUAUGCUUUUAUUGGUCUGGUGUUGGAAGGUCAA